AUGUCUAGCCCUGCCCUGGGCAGUCCUCUCAAUGGACAUGUAACGGAAGAUGAUGAAAACGACUCACAUAUCCCCGCACAACGCUCCCGAACCAAUAGCGAGGCCUCGAAUCGCUCCCUGACGCCGGCGCAUCAACCGUCGCCUCUGGGGGAUGCUAGAGGCGCCAGCAAUGGCGCAGAUAACAUAUUUGAUGACGAUCGCAUGUCAGAAAGUCAAGAAUCCAGCCCCGAUAAUGUGUCUCAUGAUGCCGACUUCGAGAUGCGUAACGAUGCCCCCUCGCCCCAGGACCACGACGACGAGCCGCGUGGCCGUGCGAGCUCCAGCGACUCAAAUCAAGUAUCCAAGCGUAAAGCCUCGUUCGACGAAGAAGACUAUAUGAGAGCCAACCCAGAGCUUUACGGCCUACGCCGUAGUCGACGCCCCCAACCCCAAGUCAAGCUGGCCGAAUCAGAUUCAGAAUCCGACGCUGAGCCCGUUAGCCGCCGUCAGACCAAGAGGCGACGCGUUGAUAACUCUCAUACUUCAUCCAAGCGAGCCACCCCGGUCUUGCAAUCGACCAAUGAUUCCGAUUCCGAUUCAGACACAUAUGGCGGUGCGAGAGCGAAGAGCCAAAUUAAGCGAGCUCGACAACGGCUCGAAGCUCAACCAGGCUUGGCUCUCUCGGAGAAGCGCUGGUCUAACAGACGGGCUGCGCAACAAGUUCAACAAGGAGCUUAUGAAGAGAGCGAUGCCGAGGAAGAAGAAGACGACACCGAAGCUGGCCAGGGGUAUUAUGUUGCCGACUAUGUCGAUGACUCCCCGUAUGUUGAAAAAGUCGUCAAACAUCAAAUCAAAGACGGUAUUGUCCUUGCCUUCGACUCCAGCCGAUACGACUUUGAAUACUUCAUCAAGUGGCAAGGCAAGUCCAACUUGCAUGACACGUGGGAAACCAUCGAGUCUCUUCGCAAUGUGCGUGGCUUCCGCAAAGUCGAAAAUUACUUCCGGAAGGUGGUUGAGUAUGAGCUCGACGUUCGCUUUGGUGAAGAUGUAGCACCCGAAAUCAAAGAGCAAUACUUCCUUGAUCGUGCUCGUGACGAAGAAGCGUUCGAAGACUACACAAAAGUUGAACGAGUCGUCAAUGUCCGCGAUGGAGAGGACGGCCCUGAGUACUUUGUCAAAUGGAAAGGCCUCACCUAUGAGGAAUGUACUUGGGAGGUAGCCGACGACAUCAACGGCGUGUUCCAAGACAAGAUUGAUCAGUAUCUCGACCGUGCGUCGAGGUCCUGGUUGUCCGAUCGGAAGGAAACCAACCCGGAUACCCGCUCUAGGAUGAAAAAGCUGGAUGAGCAACCUGGCUACAUCCAAAAUGGCGAGUUGCGCCCCUUUCAGCUUCGCGGACUCAACUUCCUUUGCCUCAACUGGUGUAGAGGCAACAAUGUCAUCCUUGCCGAUGAAAUGGGCCUCGGAAAAACGGUCCAAACUGUCUCGUUUCUUAGCUGGCUGCGCAACUGCCGCAAACAAGAAGGGCCUUCGCUGGUUGUCGCGCCUCUCAGUGUGAUCCCAGCUUGGUGCGACACGUUCAAUAACUGGUCUCCGGAUCUGAACUAUGUCGUUUAUCUAGGUCCCGAAGAUGCGCGUAGCAUCAUUCGCGAAAACGAGUUGCUUGUGGAUGGUAACCCGAAGAAGCCCAAGUUCAACGUUCUCGUCACAUCGUAUGAGUUCAUCCUUCAGGACUGGCAGUUUCUCCAAUCAAUCAAGUUUCAAUGUCUCGCAGUCGAUGAGGCCCAUCGUCUCAAGAAUGCCGAGUCUCAGCUCUACAUGCGUUUGCUUGGCUUUGGCAUCCCCUGCAAAGUACUCAUUACCGGCACACCCAUCCAAAACAACCUUUCCGAACUUGCUGCCCUCCUGGACUUUUUGAAUCCUGGCAAGGUCAAGAUUGACGAAGACCUAGAGUCAUUUGACGCGAAUGAUGCCUCGGAAAAACUGCAAGAACUGCAUAGUGCCAUUGCUCCCUACAUUCUACGGCGGACGAAAGAAACCGUGGAAUCCGACCUGCCCCCAAAGACGGAGAAGAUCAUUCGCGUUGAGCUCUCCGAUGUUCAGCUGGAUUACUACAAAAACAUUUUGACCAGAAACUAUGCUGCGCUUUCCGACGCCAGCAGUGGUCACAAGAAUUCAUUGCUCAACAUCAUGAUGGAGCUCAAGAAAAUCAGCAACCAUCCUUACAUGUUUCCUGGUGCUGAAGAGCGAGUCUUGGCUGGUAGCGUCCGUCGUGAAGACCUCAUCAAAGGUCUCGUCACCAGUAGCGGAAAGAUGAUGCUACUGGAUCAAUUGCUCUCCAAACUGAAGAAGGACGGUCAUCGCGUGCUCAUCUUCAGCCAGAUGGUUAGGAUGCUCGACAUUCUUGGUGACUACAUGUCUCUCCGUGGUUACAAAUUCCAGAGAUUGGACGGCACUAUUGCGGCAGGCCCUAGACGAAUGGCCAUCAACCACUUCAACGCAGACGAUAGCGACGACUUCUGCUUCCUACUUUCCACUCGCGCAGGUGGAUUGGGUAUCAACCUGAUGACAGCGGAUACUGUCGUUAUUUUUGAUUCCGACUGGAACCCCCAGGCCGACUUGCAGGCCAUGGCUCGAGCACACAGAAUCGGUCAAAAGCGCCCUGUCAAUAUCUACCGCCUUGUCUCCAAGGAGACCGUCGAAGAGGAAGUCCUGGAGCGUGCACGAAACAAGCUGCUGCUGGAAUACCUUACUAUCCAGGCAGGUGUCACAGAUGAUGGCAAGGCUGCAUUCAAGGAAGAGCUCAAUAAGAAAGGCAUCAAGGUUGAUGGACCAUCCUCAAAUGAGGACAUUCAAAUGGUUCUCAAAAUGCGCUCGUCCAAGAUGUUCGAGCAGAGCGGCAACCAGGAGCGCCUUGAGCAACUCGAUAUUGACUCUAUUCUAGAGAAUGCGGAAGUUACCAAGACCAAGGUCGAUGACAAGAUCAACCUCAGCAGUGGUGGCAUUGACUGGGAUAACUUCAUGCAGAUUACUGAUGUCAAAGUUGACGAUAUUAACCUUGACUGGGACCAGAUUAUCCCGGCCGACAAGUUGGCAGAGAUCAAAGCAGAGGAAGAGAAGCGUCUCCACGACGAUUAUCUGGCCAAAGUCGCCGCUGAGAGUGCGCCCCGACGCGCCGCUAUUAAAAGCCGCAAUCGGGAGUCGGAACGUGCCGAUCGCCUUCAGAAGCGACAGCGAGAACAGCAGCAAGAAGAGGAAGAAGAACGGGCUCUCCGAGCUGACCCCAAGCGACCUCUGAAUGACAAAGAGCAGCGAAACCUUAUCAAGGCCUAUUUCCGCUUCGGCUCAAUGGAUGAUCGUCGAGAUGAUAUCAUUCGCGAAGCUAAGCUUGUCGAACGCGAUAGCGACUUUGUCAAGUCUCUCCUAGACGAUUUUGUCAAGGCGGCCCAAACAGCUGUUGAUGAAAAUUUGAACAGAUUGGCCGAAGAAGAGAAGAAGAUUGGCAAGACUUUGACAAAAAAGGACAGGAAAGCUGUUUUAAUCGACUUUGGUGAUCUAAAGAAGGUCAAUGCUGAGACAGCCAUCGAACGACCAAAGCAGCUGCAGCUUCUUCGCGAUGCCAUCAGAAGCCAGGCUGAUUGGAAAACAUACCGACUUCCUGACGCAACCAAGGCUACCAAUUACAGCUGCUCAUGGGGAGCCAAAGAGGAUGCCAUGCUUCUCGUUGGCAUCGACAGGCACGGAUUCGGAGCGUGGGUACAGAUUCGCGAUGAUUUAGAUCUGGAGCUUUCAGAGAAGUUGUUCCUGGAUGAGCACCGCGUCGGUAAGAAGGAGGAGAGGUCCAAGGCCAAUGACAGGCUGAAGGCACCCGGCGCAGUGCAUCUUGUGCGACGUUCGGAGUAUUUGCUGUCCGUUCUUCUUGCAAAGCAGUCUAAUGAUCGCCCUGGGCCUCGCAUGGGCGAGGGCCACCGGGCGAAAAAACAGACACUCUCCAAUGGUCAUCGCAACAGUGCUGCUGCAUCUCCCAGCGGCCAAAGCGUGAAACGCCCACGGGAGAAGGAGCGAGACCAUGAUCGCGGAACCCCCCGACCGGAACUCAAGCGCAAAGCGGGCUCCCAUGAAGAUUCUCGCAUUCCCAAGCACCCUCGGACUGAAGACGGGCGCCGCAACAGCAGACCCGAUGACAGAGGUGAUAGACAUGAUCAAUCUCGACGUCGAGAUGAUGACGACCGCGACCGACGCCGCGAGAAACCCCGUCACAGAGAUGAUCACCGCAGAGAUGACUACCGUCGCGAGGAUUUUAGACGGGACGAACGACGUGAUGAUCAUCGUGACGAUUACCGGCGCGACGAUAGACGGGACGACAGACGGGACGACAGACGGGACGACAGACGUGAUGUCAGACGUGACGGCAGACGUGACGACCGACGUGACGACCGACGUGAUGACCGACGUGAUGAGAGGCGCGACGACAGACGCGAUGAUAGGCGCGAUGACCGCCACACAGACCGCCACACAGACCGCCACGCAGACCGCCACGCGGAGCGCGACAGAAACCAUCGCAAAGAGAAUCCUGUCGAUGAGAGAAGAGCAACUGCACUUCGUCGCCUAGAUGAGCUUCGCGAAAUUGGCGAUAAAGCAGAGCAACGUGACAAGAACAAUCACGCUAUGAUCUGGUACCUGCUCAAGCCCGUACGAGAUAAUUUUGAGCGGAUCCUGUCAACAACGAAGCAUAAAAUCAAGUCGAGCAAAGAACGCGCGUCAAUCUUUGCGGUAGAGCUUGUGGUAAUUGGGAGAUUCCUAGAUGAGAAGCUUCCAGCCACUGUAGCGGAUGAACGCCUGAAAGAUAAUUUCUGGGAGUUCCUCGCUGCUCUUUGGCCUGUCGAUGACACAAGCAAGAGUGUAACGGGCGAUCGACUAAGCAACAUGUACAAAACAUUGUACGCGCGCAAGAAAGAUGGUAGCUCAGUCAGGCCGAGCACAAAUGGUGCGUAG